UCUAAGGAAGUUUGGCUAGGGUUUGAUGAAGUGAGUGGUUCAGAAGGGCAAUAAUUAAGAACUGAACUAGAUUGGAGAUGACAAACAUGACCUUUGUCGGUUCUGCAAGACCUACUCCUCCAGCGUAGUCAUCACUAAUUCUGAGUGCAAACCAACCUACUAGUCUUUAUGGAGUCUGAUGGGUGGUAGGAAACAACCUUUCUCUCGGCCCUUUUAGCUUCUCACCUUGUAUUGUCAUCUUUUUUGGCUUUGCAUAUCCUUCUUUUCUGAUCACUUAAGAUUGAUAUCUAUCUUAGAUCUCUUUCUUAAUCAAAGCUUGGAAGGUAGAAAGCCUUUUUCAGGUGUUCUUUGUUUCUAUCCUUCCCUCUCACGGUCUUGCUGGUGCAAGCAAUAUUCCUAGGCUUCAAAUCUACAGUAAUAUCUAGCUUUGCCGGUGAGUCUUGCAUAGAUUCUCAAAGGGAAGGGACCCAGUUGGCAGCUUCAUCUCAAUAAAUUCUCACCAAUUUUUGCCCUUCUCUCUCUUCUUUUGUUUCUGAAUUUACUUAUUAUUAUUAUUUUUAAAUAUCAAAACAUUUAAUUUCCAGCACCACCAUAGGUACAGCUUAAUCACUAAAACACGGCUCCUUGAGAACAGGUUUGAUUAGAGAAAAUUUAUAGCACUUGGAAUGUCAAUAGCGGAAUAAGGAAAGGAAAGAAUAUAUUUAGGUGCGCCUGCAAUAAUAUUCUCGACUAAGACCGGUUUUCCAUCAGAUUAGGAUGAGUUGGGGGGUUGAUCGGGCUGCACAGGAAGACCCACAGCACUAUAUAUAAUUAAAGCAAAAUCACUCAGGAAAUGAGCAUGCUUUAAGAUAAUAUCAUACCAAAUCAUAUAUAAUUUAGAUCUAGGCCUUCAUUAGAAGUCAGAUUUGAUGGAACUGAUGAGAGGUUUAGAUAAGGAAAUAGAGAUGCCAUUACCAACCUCUUCAGGCUAUAAUCCCUCCAAUAGGGACUCGUCUUCUUCUCCAACUCUAGCUUCAACAGUAGGCGAAACGAGUAGUGAUCAACCUCCUCAAACUUCAGACCACUAUCAUCUUAAUCAUCCUCCUCCUUCUCUGCCAUCGAACCCACUUCAGCAAUUGCAGAGAAACACGAGAGAUCCAGAUCCGCCAAGCGUAACAGCGAUCACAACAAUUGCUAGCAGAUCAAACCCAGGACCAGCAACAGCGAGGACGAUUAGGUACAGAGAAUGCUUGAAGAAUCAUGCGGCGAGCAUGGGAGGACACGUAGUGGAUGGAUGCGGCGAGUUCAUGCCAAGUGGAGAAGAAGGCACUCCACAAUCCUUGAGAUGUGCCGCUUGUGACUGCCACCGCAAUUUCCACCGGAAAGAGACCGAAGGUGAACCUCAAACUAAUGUUCUCAAUUACUACGCCUACCCUCCCAGCAAAAGCAAUAACGCACAGAGUAGGAUUCUUUCUCCGCAGUUUCCGCCACCCCCUCCUCUUCAUCAUCAUCAUCACCAUCAACAUAUGAGAUUUUCAGGUGGGUCGUUCCCGCCGUUGAUGAUGGCCUUCGGCGGAGGCGGCGGGGCGGCGGAGUCUUCAAGCGAAGAUCUGAACAUGUUUCAGUGUAAUGAUGUGGGAGGGCAAGGGUCAUCAAAGAAAAGGUUUAGGACUAAGUUUAGCCAGGAGCAGAAGGACAGGAUGAUGGAGUUCGCCGAGAAGUUGGGAUGGAGGAUCCAGAAACACGACGAACAAGAAGUACAACAGUUUUGUAAUCAAGCGGGUGUGAAACGGCAGGUUUUCAAGGUUUGGAUGCACAAUAACAAACAGGCCAUGAAGAAGAAGCAAAUCUAUCGACUGUUUUUUGUCUCCGCUCUACCCCAGCGAGCCAGGCAGAUAAAUAGCCCCCCCUAAAAAUGAAGAGGGAGGGAUAAGAGUUUUUCUCGCUUUAGAUGUUUUUCAUUCCCUGCCCACGAAAUACCCAUGAAAUGGUACAUGGUGGAUGAGUCAAAUACUUUCUGAACCAUGUGGCAUGUAUGAAACUGGAGAAAGAGCAUAGAUUUUCUUCGACCCAAGGGAAAGUCGAAAAGGUAUAAUCAAUGAUUGGGGUAGACGCAAAAGAUUUUUAUGAGCCAAUGCACUUUUCUGAGACUCGAAGAAAUACGCAUUACUAUUUUUGAGUUAACGGUGAUGGAUGACUGCUUGGAAUAUCGCAGUAUUAUGUGUAUGAAAUGUUUCUAAAUAAAUUAGUAAUGGG